UCCAAACUUGGGCAUAAAAACAGAGUAACUGGUCUGUUUCUUUCUUCCCCAGGCCCUUAAAAUUGCGAUCUUCAAGCCAUCUUGCUCAGGAUUCUUGAUCGGCUGCUUGGCGCUGAACCUGAACCACCAUGUCCACCCCUGGAGAAUACUAUCGAUCGUUUCCGCCGGUGAGCAAGACCUACGGAGUGGCUUGUCUAAUGACAACCGCAGCUUUCUACCUGGAUCUUUACAACCCCGAGAACAUUGCUCUGUUUUAUGACGACGUCUUCAAACGCUUCCAGGCAAACAAUGACCCAAAAUUACCACUCUAAUUUACUUCAAUCAAAUGAUUUUCCUUGUUUUAACUGAUGGGUUCCUGCAGAUUUGGAGGCUGAUCACCAAUUUCUUCUUCCUGGGUCCUUUUUCCUUCCCCUUUGCUUUCCGUCUAAUCAUCAUAGCGAAAUAUGGAGUUUCCCUGGAGAGAGGACCCUUCGACCAGAGAACCGCUGAUUUCGUGUGGAUGUUAUUCUUCGGAGCACUCUCACUUCUCGGGAUGGCGGCAGUUCCUGUACUGUGGUCGCCGUUCAUGGGAGUUUCUCUGGUUUUCAUGAUCGUCUACAUCUGGGGAAGAGAAUUCCCCAAUGCCCGCAUCAGCAUUUACGGACUCGUCUCCUUGAAGGGAUUCUACCUUCCAUGGGCAAUGUUGGCUCUGGAUUUGAUCUUCGGCAACCCACUGAAACCGGACAUCCUGGGAAUCGUCGCCGGCCACAUCUACUACUUCCUGACCGUGCUUCAUCCCCUCGCCGGCGGCAAAUACGUCUUCAAGACUCCUCGCUUUGUGCACAAAUUGGUGGCGUUCUGGGGCGAAGGGAAGCAGCUGAAUUCUCCAUUUCAGAGCGACCCAUCGGCGGGAGUUGCUUUCCGGGGAAGAAGCUACCGUCUCAGUGGCGGCGGAGGACGACGACAAACGCCACCGGCGACCGGUGGUUCACCAGCAGCAACAACAGGGGAGCAGCAGCAGGGGAAUGCCGCCGAGGGAAUAGCUUUCCGCGGGAGAAGCUAUCGCCUUGAUACACACACUAAUGCAUCCACUUAGGUAAAGUAUACCCUAAAUGAGGAUUUUAAUAUAUAGUGGAGGACAUCUCAAGGUCGUAUUCUACGGGGUUUCGAAACUAUUGACACUCGAAGAAUGUUGUCGGUAUCUAAUCGAAUAAUCGAGGUUGUUUAAUCCUAAUCAAACACAG